AUGGAGAAAAACAAUUCAUUCGGCAUAGACCUCUUAAAAUUCUCUUUCAAAGAGGAAGGUGUGCAGUACACAGCAACAAGGAACCACUCCCUGUUCUUGAGGCCGGAACCGAAAGGCCAAUUCAAUAUCUAUCGAAUUACCAAUGGGAAGCUGGAGAUUUUCGAUCUCUCUAUACAAAAACUAUAUGGGGAGUGUAUCUACCCACAUAUUGUGGCAAUUACAGGAUUUGUCUCCCAGUUUGUUGAUAUAGAUGUAGAGAGCUGCAAAAUGGCAUGCCUGAAUGAUUAUUCCUGCAAAGCUGCCUUGAUCCAAUACAAAAGCAACCUUAAAAUUGGUAACUGUUCUUUAGGAAUGGAACUUUAUUCUCUGAGGAAUAAUACGGGAGUGGUUUUUAAUGACAAUGCAUUAGCAUUCAUCAAGGUUAGGCUUGGUCGUGGAGGGUUUGGAUCUGUUUUUGAAGGAGUCCUGCAUAAUAGUACUAAAGUUGUAGUGAAACGCUUAGGACCAGAUGCAAAGCAAGGCAAGAAAGAAAUCCUAUUAGAAGUUGAGACAAUAGGCAACAUUCACCAUUUUAAUCUGGUAAGACUUGUUGGUUAUUGUGCUCAAAGAUCAAAUAGACUUUUGGUCUAUCAGUACAUGUUUAAUGGUUCAUUAGAUAAAUGGAUUUUCCACCGAAACCACGCACAAACUCUCACUUGGGAAACAAGAAAGAAAAUCAUAGUUCAGAUAGCAAAGGGACUAGAGUAUUUGCAUGACUAUUGCAAUCCAAACAUCAUUCACUUUGACAUCAAACCUCAAAACAUCCUCCUGGACAUAGAUUUGAAUGUCAAGAUUUCUGAUUUUGGGUUAGCUAGAUUGAUUGAUAAGGAUCACACCCAUGUGAUGACUAUGCCAAAGGGAACGUCGGGAUACAUGGCUCUUAAAUUGAUAGGGGGAAGAAAUAUCACAGUGAAGAUUGAUAUUUACAGUUUUGGAGUUGUGAUGUUGGAAAUCAUUUGUGGAAGAAAAAGUUCUGACUCCUGGCACGGUGAUUAUCUAAUUGAUACUCUGAAGAUCAAGGCAGAAGAAAAUCAACCUUUUGAUUUAAUUGAUGAACAAAGUGAGGACAUGCAAAACAGCAAAGAAGAUGUUGUAAGGAUGAUCCGAAUUGCCAUUUCAUGCUUGCAAAAAAAACUUUUAUAA